CAGUGACAGUUGUGUAAGAGUGACAGUUGUGUAUGUAACCUCAAAUUUCACAAUUUUUUGAAAACUGUUCAAAUCUUGUACAAAUCAGUACAAUAAAAGGUAUAAGGGAAGGAUUAAAGCAGUAAGUGUUUGAUUGAAGUAAAAUCUGUGGAAACGUCCAUAGAAAUGUGACAUUACAGCGAUUAUGCAAAGAAAAUUUAUAUUCAAGUUUAAAAAGGAAGGUUCGUUUUGAAGAAUUGAAUUAUAAAUCGCAAAAAUGGAUGUAAAAGUUAAAAUUGAACAUGAAGAAGUUGAUCUUCCUGAUCUCAUAGAUCCCCAAUCCUUAUCAGAAGAACAUAGUGUCCCAAAACACGAAAUCCAUACCCAUACCUGUUCUGAAUGUCUAGAAGAUUUCAAUUGCGAAUUCCUUCUUAAGGUUCAUCAAAUGAUCCAUGACAAAACCCAAUACUGUUUUAUUUGUAAACAUAAGAUUCACAAUAAGUUUAAAGAACAUGUGAUGGACCGACACUUCAACCAAUGUGAUGUUUGUUUCAAAACUUUCAAUUACAAAAAAAACUUGGUUCAGCAUAUGGAGCAUCACACAGGAAAUUUAAAUUAUAUCAAGUGUGAGAAGUGUGAUAAAAGGUUUAGGCAAAGGGGCAGUUUGAUUUCCCAUAUGAGAUCAUACCAUGAAGGAGUUAAGCCAUAUGCUUGCAAGGAAUGCGAUGGAACUUUUACAACUUCUUCAAGCCUUGAUAGGCAUGUCAAAAAUGUUCACAACCCCAACAAUCCAAAACAUUCGAAGAAUGUUUUAACAAAUGUAUAUGAUUGCGAUGUGUGCUCUACACAGUUUACAAACAAAACAGAACUGCAGUUGCACGAGAAAGAGCAUUUUGAAUCAAAUAAAUGUAAAUUAUGUGGUAAACAAUAUGGGGGGCUUAAUUAUCUUAAAUUACACACAUUUCUGCAACAUUUCAAGACUGAAAGAUGUACACAUUGUGGCAAACUCUUUCAUAAGAAAACUAUCGAGAAACAUUUGCGUUCACAUGAUAAGAAAAAGGUUAUUACAUAUUGUGAGCUUUGUGAUCAACCAUUCGCUUCAAACUCAAUACUUACAAGACAUUUGGCGACACAUGUCACUGCACAAUGUAAACUUUGCGGAAUGUAUAACAUAAAAUCAAUGAAAAACCAUUUAGAAGCUCACAGAAGAGGUAAAGUACAAAAGUGUUCCAUUUGUGCCAAGUUUGUAAGUGACAUAGACGUGCAUAAUACAAACAUACAUAAAAAUACAGAAUUUCUUUUUUGCACUGUGUGUCCUGAAAAGUUCACCACAAUCGUUGAAAGGACUGCCCAUAAUGAAGAAGCACAUUUUGAAAUCAUAAAAUGCCCUAAGUGCAAGAAACAAAUGGGUAACAGCAAAUUGGUUGAUCAUGUUAGGAAGUAUCAUCCAGAAUUGGUGUACGAAUGUGACUACUGUGAUCAAGUUUUAUAUGGCAUAGCUACUUAUAAUGCUCAUUUAGAAUCACACAAAAAAGUAUUCAAACCAUACACAUGUAACAAAUGUCUGAAGAGCUAUGAAAACGAAGCAAAUCUGAAAAAGCAUACCUGUACUGCUUUAUAUUACUGCCAUUUAUGCAACAAAUAUUAUACAUCCAGGCAUAGUUAUAACUCUCAUAUGAUUCAACAACAUAAACCAAACAUCAUAACUGCAACCUCUACUGAAAAUUUGAACGCUCUAGAAAUUGGCGGCAAAAAAAUAUACCAAUGCAAGAAAUGUUUCUUGACGAUGUUUAAACUGAACCGUCCACAUCAUUGUCAUCAUUUGAGUGCUAUUCUUGUUCGAAGGAUACAUCACAAGUGUAAUUUGUGUGGGUUUUUGGGGGCUACGAUGGGUGGGAUGAGACGUCAUUGUUUUAAAUAUCAUGAAAAUGAAACUGAUUGGGUUACGAUUAAAGCUGCUAAAGGAUCUAAUAAAAAACCACAGAUGAGGAGAAACUUCAUAUAUAAAUGCCAUUGUGGAAAUGCAUUUCAGUAUGAAAGUUCACUCAUCAAGCACAGGUCUAAAUGUCUGUUGGUAAAACCAUUAAAAUGCAGCAUAUGUGACUGUGGAUGUUCCACUAAAAGAAAUCUUCUAAGACACAAGCAGAGAAAUCACGUUCCCAGAGUGGUGGAAGAACCAUCGGAAGAGAAAAACUUGUCCAAUGCUAAAAGUCAUCAAUUGAAACGAAGAGCUGUACCUAGUGCUACUGUGGUAACAUAUAGACAAAGGAAGAAAGCACUAAAAUGUAAGCUUUGUGAUUAUGCUUGCUUUAGUUCCAAAUUUAUGGGGCACCAUAGAAGAACGUAUCAUGACAGUGACAAUUUGUAUUUAGAAGAUCUCAAUUAUAAACCAGAAGUGGAAAAUUAUCUCUACGAAGACCACACACAAGAUAUAACGCUGGAUGUUACUUGAUAAACUUAGUUGCGCUAUGUGUAAAAAAUUAUUUAAAUCAUGUUUUUGUAAUAAUAAAAGUCAUUUAAUACUU